CUUUCUUUUCAGCCUAUCUCUAUGACCGUCUCCACGUUGAGGCUGUUCAAACUUCCUUCUACUUGUUUGUUUUCCCCACUCGUGACGUUUUCGACACCACCGAGAAAGUAGUUGGAAGUUUAUUCGUCUGGUAGGCCGUCAUGUGAUGUCGAAAGAUGAUGGAAGCGGGUCGUGUGGACUUCUACAUUGGACUUUCCUUGGCCGUGUCGUCCUGUCUUUUUAUCGGUACAAGUUUCAUCCUGAAGAAAAAAGGUUUGCUACGAUUGGCCAGCAAGGGCUCCAUGCGAGCAGGUCAAGGUGGCUAUGCUUACCUGAAAGAAUGGCUGUGGUGGGCGGGGCUUAUUUCAAUGGCAGUCGGAGAGGCGGCCAAUUUCGCAGCGUACGCGUUUGCUCCGGCCACGCUCGUCACCCCUCUGGGAGCUUUGAGUGUCCUCGUAAGCGCCGUGCUGUCGUCGUACUUCUUGAAUGAGCGUUUGAAUGUGCACGGCAAGAUGGGCUGCCUCCUCUGCUUGCUGGGCUCCACAGUGAUGGUGGUGCAUGCCCCCCAGGAGGAGGAAGUGGCCUCCCUCAGCGCCAUGGCGGACAAGCUCAAAGACCCAGGUUUCAUUGUGUUUGCGGUGUGCGUCGUGGGAAGCAGCCUGGUGCUUAUCUUCGCAGUGGCGCCGCGCUUCGGACAGAAGAAUGUGCUGGUCUACAUCACGAUCUGCUCCAUCAUCGGCUCCUUGUCCGUGUCUUGCGUGAAGGGCCUGGGCAUCGCCAUUAAGGAACUGGUCGCCGGGACCGCCGUGCUGAGGGAUCCUCUCUUCUGGUGCUUGCUGGUCUGCCUGGCGCUCUGCGUCAGCAUCCAGAUCAGCUACCUGAAUAAGGCCUUGGACAUUUUCAACACCUCCAUUGUCACACCGAUCUACUAUGUGUUCUUCACCACGUCCGUCAUAGCCUGCUCGGCCAUCCUCUUCAAGGAGUGGCUGCGCAUGAGCGCCGGCGCCGUGGUGGGCACCAUUAGCGGUUUCCUCACCAUCGUGCUGGGCAUCUUCCUACUACACGCCUUCAAAGACAUCACCUUCAGCUGGGAGUCCAUGCCCCGCUACCUGAGGAAGGGCCCUCGGGGCCUACACUGGGGCCCUCGGCCUUACGCCGCCCUCCCCAGCCAGGACAGGCCUGCCGAGGCGAACGUGAAACCGCCUUUGGGGGGAAGCGUCAAAAGUGGGUCGGCCCCCUGAAAGGAAAUACUGUACUGCUUAUGUACACUGCAAAUCUAAAAACAGCUGGGUCAAAAAGGCA